AUGAGCUUGGUUUCUCUUCUGUUGACCCUGUGCUGGAUGGCAGUGUUUGGUGAAGUGUUCUCAAUUGUUCUCAUGGUUCUCCUCUGCGGCAACCUGCAGCUAGCCCUUGUCUCAGGUGCGAUCUUUGGCAUCUACUCUGCGGGCACCUUCCUUCAAAAGGCGAAGGCAUGGGAGGUGAGACCGGCCUGGCGACAGACACAGUGUGAGGUGCUUGUAGCCGGUGUGAGCUGUGCCGACACAGAAACCAGGAGCACUUGCGGUGGCUACAGGCUUGGCUCAAUGCCAUCUGGGAGUCCGCCCGUUUUUCUGACGGAGGAGAUUGCCGUCUGCCCUGGAACGUACUGGUGCGGGAAAGAACAAGAGAUGUGCACAUGUAACGGCGAGAUCACGUAUGCACCUGAGCUCUUCGAUGGUGAAAUCUACACCGUGCCAGAGGCCGAGCGGGCCUACAAGGUGGUCUCCAACGGGACCUGGAGGUGUGGCACAGAUCAGUCCGGACAGCCCUUCGCGGUGGAUCCAGCGCCGUGGCACAUAAAGCAUUGCUGGUGUACCCCGGCAGAGAUUUUAGGCAUUGUGAAGAAGCAUGGUGGUCAGAGCCUCCACAAGAAGGAGUGCUCCGAGGCCGCCAACUUUGACUUUGAGAAUUCGCAGCUGAGUCAGCGCCGCCUCCAAAGCGAGGAAGGCGAAGAAGAGCAAGACGAGGAAGGCGGAGAAGGCGGCGAGGCCCCCGAGCGGCUCCUCCACAGCUCACGCCGGCGCCGGACCUACAGCUACACGCCCUGGGCCCUAGUCUCCGUCUCAAAGAAUGAGGACUUGGACUUUGGCUACGGGGAUGGUGGCUCCGCCUCCAAGCACCUGAGCUGCGCAUACGAGUACGGCAUCCCUGCCGCAUCCUCUGCGAACUAUCGCUCCGACGGCUCCUACAGCGGUGACGUCUGGAUUGCCGAAGGUGUGGCUCAGGAGUGGGGGAACCACAGCUCUCGCACAUGCUGGGUGCGAACCACAGGUGAGGCAGGGGAACGGCUGCAAACCUGCGCCGUCGCCUUGGAGAAGCCCGGCACUCUGCAGGCGGUUGCAGAGGAGUCGCAGUCCGUGGUGUGGAAGGUGUUUUGGUGGGGCCUGGGGAUAAGCCUUGGUCUGACGGCUUGCUCCUUCGUGCCUCUCCGCCGUGUGUUCCGCCAGACGUUCGGCAGGAACUCCAGCCCUGACGCGCAGUCCCUGACGCGAUCCCCGUGA